GCCACAGCUCCCAGCAGCGGAUCGCGGUGACAGAGAGUGUGUGUCUGUGUGUGUGAGAUGGGGAUUAUUCUCAUUUCACAGCAGAGGACAGAGGACGAGCCUUUCUGGACACAACACCUCCCCCUCCUUCCUCCUCUUUCUACAGCAACAUAGCAGAGGAGGAGAAGAAAACUAAUACUUCAUCAGUGACAUUAACCAAAGCUUCAUCUGUUCACAUGCUCACGCGGACGAAGAGGGGAGAUCAUCAGCGCCGCAGCAGCGGAUCCCUCGUCUGUCAGACGCAGAGGAAUGAUAAUUAGAAAGAGAUUGACUCGGCAGCAAGAAGAGGAGAGGAGCCGGCCUGCAGCAGCGGGGCGAGCAGAGGAAUACGUGAAGACGGAGAGCGAGAACAGAAGGAGGGAUUGAACUGAUCGUAAUCUGGUGAAGAGGGAAAAGAAGAGAGCGAAACCUCGGAGCAUCAGCAGCAUUUUUUUUUUUUUUUUUUUUUUCUGAGAGAGAUGAUGGUGACAGCAGCGUCAGCGAAGGAGGGGAGAGAGGGAUGAGCUUGGAUCAAUAAUCCUCCCUCCUCCUCCUCCACCUUCAUCCCUCCAUCACCUCUGCAGGAGCCGCUGAAACCUGAUCCGGAAGUGCCAUCCAGCUGGAUUACGGUGAUGACGGUGAAACCGAAAUGUCUCGCAGCGUUCGGGAAGAACACCAAUAUUUAACAUGACCUUUGACCUUUACCUAUCACCUCCUGUGACAGAGCGACUGCAGGAAGACAGGCUGAGGCCUGCUGGUGAGUCCAUGGACCAGGAGGAGGUGAAGCUCUGCUCUUCCAUGCUCAUUAGAAGAUGAUUUUCAACUGACGUUACACUUUUUGAUUUGUGGAGCUUUGAGUUGCGUUGAUUUCUACAAGCUCGGUCCCAGGUCAUAUUAACGAUGGCGAGUGUCUGAACUGAGCUAACAUAACCAUCUGCUGACUGUGAGAUUUGGAAAAUCAGCACAUGGCCUCUGACCCCAGGAUUAUGAGACUCUGCAGGGAAGCCGAUGCUUAGUCAACUCACAGUUCACGGCUCCAGUGGACCGUUGGUGGAAAAAAUGACUGGUAUCACAAGAUCUCAAUAGACUGGAGUCAGCAAUGAUAACAUGCAAUAUCUUUAACACAGAGGGGCAAGCAAAUCCUCUGUCAGCUGUGCUUUCCACACCUGCUUCUGGGAAACUGAUGUUCUGAUGUGCUGUAUGGAGUGCAGAGUCCGGAUACAACUGAUUCACUGAAAAACAGGAAGUUUAACGGACCGUUCUGACUGUCGGGCGAGACGAGGCAAUCUCGCACUCUAACCCGUUCGUUCUGGUUUUAACUGUCAUGGGUCUGAACCCCGGCAGGAGUACCUGACCGAACCAGGGAAUGGUCGGCAGCUCAAUAAAACUCUGUGUUUGGAGCACGCGAGGGCGAGGUCCAUCUUGAUCUCUGAUUCAGAACUCGAAGAAGAAAAAGUCCUCUCCCCCCCACUUACCUCUGGUGGGGGGGAGGGUGAAGGGUACUUUUGUUUUAAGGUUUAGGGUUUAUUUUUCACACAGUAGGCUUUAGGCUGUAGAGUUAGGCGACUCUGCUCUGCGUAACUUCAGAUCCGGUCCAAGUUCUUCUUUGUCGUGUUAAGCUUCCUCUUUGUGUUCGGCCAGUUUGAGGGAGUUGUAUCCUCGGCCCUGUGGCUUAUUUGUGUCACCACUCUUUGAGUUAGCCUUUGGCUCUGCACUAGCAGUAUCUGUGACUCAGGCAGCAUUUCAUUCGGUGCAGAAGUUUAGCAUUUAGACUCAGCGCUGCCUUGAAUUGUAUUACCUGGAUCUAAACAACUGUGACAGCAUUUAGGCUAAAAGUGACCGUUGUCCACUGGGCAUUUCCACAGCUGUUUUGUUUUUAGUUUUUUUUUUAGCCUGAGGUUCCCUAGCCAUUAGCUUGAGCAUUAGCUUCAGACCUAUUAGUCAUGGAUGCUAAUCAGGGCCCAGGCCAGGGCAGUCCAGAAAGCCCUAACCGGGCUGUGGAGUAUCUUCUUGAACUCAACAACAUCAUCGAAAGCCAGCAGAAGCUUUUAGAAACGCAGCGGCGCCGAAUUGAGGAGUUGGAGGUCCAGCUGGACCGGCUCAGCCAAGAGAACAAGGACCUCCGUUUGGACCGGCAGCCCGUCGCUCCUCCCCCACCUGCGCCUCCUCCCGAGCCUCCUCUCCCUCCUCCCCCGCCACCGCCGCCACCAGCUCAGACCACAUCGGCUUCCAUUUCCACAAAGAAUCACCAUCACCACAACAGCCAGCACCAGGCUCCAGCACAGCCUCCCUGCUCCAUCCCCCUUCACCACCAGCAUCAUCAGGUGCACCACCACUCCUCCACCCACCACUCCCACUCGUAUAAUAGCACCAACAGCACCGCUGCAACUCCAAUCCCAGUUCCCUCUCCAACCUGCGCCCCAACCUCUCACUCUGUACCGACCCAAAUUCCAGCUCCGAUCUCCUCUUCAGCCCCGGCUGCUCCUCCCCCACCUCCAAUUCCACCCAGGGAUCAGCCGCGAGCCCACAGCCGGCUGACCCGCAUGCCCUCCACCAGCACUGGCACCAACACCAACUUUGUGGAGAAAGAGAAGGAAAGGCUGGAGCGCCUGCACAGAGCCAACGCUGCCAACAACCAUCACGCCCACACCCUCCACCACCACAAAUUGUCUUAUUCCUCCUCCACCACCUGUUCUACUACCACCACUUCUUGUCGUUCCUCCAACAACCCUACUAGCAUCACCACUCCUUCCUCCACCUCCUCCUCCUCCUCCUCUCUCUACUCCUCCAGCCUACCUCCUAACAGCCACGCCACCUACCAUCAGUACUGCUGUCCCGCGCGCCUCCGCCUGCCCAAGCCUCCCUGCGCCCUGCCCCCCGCCAAGCACCACGAGCAGGCAAGAGAGGAGGAAGAUGAUGACAUCGCCCAUCAGUUCUGUUGCCCCGCCUCCGAGUGCAGUAGCCCCUCAUCUAGGUAACCAGGGGCGACCGUGAGAAAGCUCCGCCCCACACAACUGUCCCAGGGUAAACUGAGGGGUAAUUAUGAGCCCCUGUCCUCCGUCCACCAUGGCUGUCUCUCUCUCUGUCUCUCUCUCUCUUCCUCUUUUGUCGUUUGACCACCAAACAGCAAGAAAACUGUGGAGUAAAAAAAGAGAUGUGUGAAAUCAGAAGAUAUGGAGUAAAUCCGGCGAUCCUUCAUUUAAAACUUCCUCGUUAAAAGCCUGUUUUUGGAGAAAACUGGAGCUUUAAAAGAAAACAAUGAAGCUGUCUUUGCAACUCUGCUGCUGAUCCGAUUGGUUUCUCUUUUCUUUUAAUUCUGGCGACACGUUUUCUUACACACCCUGAGUCAGACAGUAAAAGUUGCUCUGCAGCUUUAAAACCACAAGGACCGAUCAUCACCUCUGCAGUCUGACCUACCUGGAGACGCUCACACCUGCUUCAGCUGGUUCACAGGGUGACUCGGCUGAACGCCGGCGAUGAGUCUGCAGUUUUGUGCAUAAUUUUAAACUCGUCAGGCGCUUUUUAACCUCCGUCUGAAAGGAAACUCUUCCCCUCGUCUCCUAGUUCGGGUCAGAACGGGGACUUUAACGGUUUAUCCUCCCUGUCCGAGCAUGAAGCCAUGACCCCACCGUUUCCUGGCAACGCUGCGUCGAGAGCCUGCUGUAUAAAGAGUUCGGCGAGGAUUGGACAGCGCUCAAUGCAACAACAAGCUGUGGGCUAUCUGUGUCCCAACUCUGUGUACGCAGGCCUCUGGUUGUUGCAUGUUGUCACCACACCAAACUCUUUGGAACGAAGGACGAAGACUCGUCAGGUCUUUAUGGGACCGAUAGUUUGUUAGCGAGUUCGUGAACAGUACGAGUCACUCUGGCAGGUAACCACACAUCAUUCGGAGCUCCUCUUCAGUAAACGCGGGCUGCUCGACUGGUUGCACAGUGGCCGGCCACCGGAGUCCCGAGUUUGCUCUUUGUUUUGUUGCCUACAUACUGCACCCUGGGUUCUCCUUAUAACUGCUUCUUUUCUUAUGUUAACAUCCUGUUGACACACACUUUUAACAGCGGAGCGAGUGUGAGCAGCACGAAUAAAAUCAUACCGACGUACAUCAGGGAAAGUUUGUACUCUUGUUUUGGAGUCUGACGGCUGAAGGAGACCAAACUGAGACUUAGCACUUUGAUGUAUAAGGUCAUGUGAAGAGAAAUGUAUAAAAACGGCCAUAUUAGAAGAGUAAUUUUUGGCCCUUUUUACCACUUAAGACGUGAAGCAGCAAUCAUGACUGAAAACUCUUCAAGUGCUUCCCCCCUCCCCGUGAUCCAGUUUUAGGGAGAACCCUGGUGCCUGAUGUGUACAGUGCACUUGGACAGAGACACACACACAUACACACAGAUGUGCACACAGCAGCUGCAAGAGUCCUCAGAGAUCAUAAAUGAUAUCAGUGAUAUCUGGAGUAUGUUUACAUGCACAUCAGUCCUCUGAUCACAGGCGGUGAUCGGCUUUAAGGCAAUAUUUUCAUGAUGUCACGUAGCCGUUACCACAAUCUACUAUAUAUGCUUAAUGAAAGGGUUCUUAUUUCACGAAUAUGACGACUACUUCUGAUCUGAUCGUACACGCAGACCAAGCUCUGCUAAGCUGUUUAGCUUAGUGUGACGCCAUAAGAGCCAUCUCUGCAGAGGUCUUUGAAAGGAGAUAUCUGAGCCUGGAGCCAAGGUUUUAAAAUGUCACUCACUGUAAGGAGCAUGUGAGACCAGUCAGUCAAAUCAGAUACACGUCAAAGGGUCCAAAUGCAAAAUACAGGAGGUUUUCUCGCUAAUAAAUAAAAGAACGGUAGUAAAAGACCGUGAGCUCGUCGUGCUAACUGUUGAUCAGUUAUGUUAGCUUGCCUUGUCGGUGACAUCAGCAGUGCAUACAUACAAAUCAUGCUUUACAAUCAAAGUGACAUCAAGUGGCUUUUAUUGUCAUUUGAGCCAUCCACAGGUAAUAUGGUACACCGCAGAACAAGUCAUGGUGCCACAAAUAAGGCUACACCCAACUCCGGUUAGCUCCAGUAAACCUAACCUGCAGUUACUGCUUCGCUAGCUUUGCUGUCCCAUCGCUGUCACAUUUAAUUAGCUGCCUGCACUGAGCCAAGACGUUUGCUCAGGUAAAAGAAAUCCAUAAAUAGACAUGUCUAAAGAGAAGAACUGUCAGUGUUUAAGGAGGGAAGCUUGGUCUGCAUGUACUGUUGCUCAGAUCACGAAAAACUCAAAUAAUUGGAUUUCAUGUGACAGUUUCAGGAGUCGCAGUAUUGCCUUAAUAACUACAGUGCACGUAAACACACUCGGUGACUUCCCCUCUGAGCAAGAGGAAGCUGAUGAAGGCGGUGAUGAAGGGAGCAACAGUGGAGCCCUUUGUGUCGUCUCUCAUCUUUUUUUGUGUACACUCUUUUAUCCAUCUUCUCUUUGCGUUUAACUCUGUAGCUUUGACUCCCUCAAGCUCCUCCUCUUUUCCUCUCCUUCCUGUUUUUUUUCCUCUUCCUAAAGAAAGAAAGUAAGAAAGACAUUUUUCUGAUUCAGUGCCAAGAAAAUCAAAGACGAAAAAGUGAAAAGUCUGUCUCAUUGCCAAGUUUGAUAGCGGGGGGAGGGGGUAUUAUCCUCCCGUCGCAGUGCCAAGUUAAAAAAAAAAAAAGAAAAGACGUCUUUGACACCCAAACCCUCGAGCAAAUGUAAUGUUUUAUGAGCAGAAAACGCCGUAUGCUGUAUGAGCAAAUCCUCUGACGAGUUCAUCCAGUAAUCUUUUAGCUGUAAAGUCCGAUCUAUAUCUUUAUUUCAUAGCUAGCUGCCCACAGUUUUGUCUGUAGCUCCUUUUCGCCGUUUAUACAUUUAAAAAGCAAUACGUUUGUUUUCCAAGUCUGGAACGAGAAUCUCCCAGUGUAUGUAAACUCAUAUUGAGUGGGAGGGGGUCACACCCGUGUAGUAGCUGAUUUAUCAAUAAAAAAAUGCGCUUUGAUCCAAAGUUUUGUAUGCAGCACGACGACGUUUGACACGAUGUCACAGGUUUACAACAUGAGUCCAGUGGUGUUAUCAGUAUUAAAAACUUAUUAAUAUUUAACUGUGGAACAGAUGAAAGUGGUGGAUAUUUUAUUUUUUCAGAGAUGUAAAAUGCCUGUCUGUGAAACAUGUUUUUUUUUUUUUCCAUCUUUGCAUGAUUGCGAUUUUUUGCUUUACUGACAGACUCUUCUCAGAUCCUUAAAGGGGACCUAUUUCGCUUAGACUUUUGCAAAGUAGCUUUGCCUGAUUCACAGGUUAGAAUAACCCUUAUUAAUCUUGUACUGCUCCUUGGCGCAGCCCCUUUAACUCCUCUCCUCCACGCUCUUCUGAUUGGCUGCCCCUCAUAAGCCAAAGUCUUGAACAUCAGUUGGGCGGGGCUUCUGUGCCCAAAAGUAGUAAAACUCUCAGAAACUGAGUGCUCAGAAGGCAUUACAGGGAUUUUUUGUACACAUGGUGACUUCAUCAUUUCAAACCUUGGGUAUGUUUAAUGUACAUGACAGAAAGAAGUAAAUAAGAAAUAAUAGGUCCCCUUUAACUCAAGAAAAGCACAAAUACCGCACUGUAAUAAUACUCAGAUACAAGCUGAAAAGCAUUAACAGGCAUACCUGCUCAUUACACAGGACCGCCCAGUUUGCUACGUUGUAUAUCAUAUAUUUAUUAUUUGAAUCAUUGUUAAUCUGAAAGCCUUGUAAUGUGAAGGUUUCUGCCUUUAUACAGUACAGAAUUGCAGUUGCAACCCGCGCACACUAAACUCAUCUUAAUUUGUCAUGUGGUGAGGUUUGCAGUGACGUAAAGGACCUCUGUAUUAUUCCUAAAUGCAGUGUUUAACCAAACGCCCUCCUGCUGUGCACUAAUGAUGGUGAAUAGUGACAAGAGAGAUUUUGGACGGUUUCACUUAAUUGAGUUUUAAUGCAAAUGAUUACUUCCUGUUUGUCUCUCAGUGUGUUCCUACUUUUUCUCGCUGUAAAUGAAUUAGCUGUGAAAAUGUUUAUUGAGAUGUGAAAGAUCGUGUUAGCACAGCAUGAGAAGUCUUUCCACAGCAGUUUAUCACCUUUUUUUUAGAUUCAUCCUGAGCGACAGUCCUCCAGCUUUACAACUUAUUCAUCUUGGUUAUGAUGCACUUUCCAUCACAUUGGGUGCAAACUGCCAGUGAAACUGAGGAAAACUGCAUCGGUAAAACACCGUACCAUGUAGUCAAUAGGUGAGAACAGAUAAAUGAUCAAACCUUAGCGAUACUAACCAUCCCGUCCUCUCAGUGUGCAGGGAAACAAUAUCAAGUUUGAUAAGAUACCGUAGGACUUCUAAUGUGCCAUGUUUAUAACAGUUUAUUACCUAGGACACUCUGCACUACCACUAAACGACAAUAUGCUGCAAUUAACCCAAAUCAGUCCAGUACGAAUUUAUUAGUGUUGUUUGUUAAUUCAGCUAAUAUUAACCCGAGGGAAUACGUAAUGUUUUAUUGUUGUAAUAUAGUCAUAUUAGCAUAAUAGGCUUAAAAAAACUAGACCAUAAAAUCUGUUUCCUGUGUAGAACCUUCUCAUCACCUGAUGAU